AUGCCCGCAACCACGUCACUCCCAACACCUCCCUUCGUGGACAUCCCAGGCCUGCGCAACUUUCGCGAUUGUGGAGGCUAUCCGGUGGCCACCAAUGCCACAGACAGCGAUGUUGGAAAUGAAAACAAGCAAAAGAUCGUUCGCCGCGGCGUCCUCUUCCGCUCCAGCGAGCCCUCGAAGGUGACGGACGAGGGCAUCGCCAUCUUGCGCGACACCCUGGGCAUCACGCACGUCUUCGACCUGCGGUCCCAAGCCGAGCUCGACCGCGAUGCCAUAACCGACGGCCGGCAGGCGAGGGAGUGGGAGGGCUCCAAGAGGGUGUUUGUGCCCGUGUUCUUGCAGGAGGACUACAGCCCCGAGGCUAUUGCAACACGGUUUGCGCACUACUCGAGCGAGGGGAGCGAGGGCUUCGUCCAAGCUUACGGCCUCAUUCUAAAAGGCGCCACGGACCCGAAGGGCGCACAGCCCUUCGCAGCGGUGCUGCGGCACCUCGCCUCGCCGGCCCAGGCCCCGACGCCGAUCCUGGCGCACUGCACGGCGGGGAAGGACCGGACGGGCGUGCUGUGCGCGCUGGUGCUGUCGCUGUGCGGCGUGCCGGACGACGCCGUCGCCCACGAGUACUCGCUGACGGACCUGGGGCUGGGCGAGCGGCGCGAGGAAUUCGUCGGGAACCUGACGCGCUCCGGCCCGCUCCAAGGCGACAGGGCCGCCGCCGAGCGCAUGGUUGCGUCGCGGCCCGGCUCUAUGCUGGGCACGCUGGCGCUGAUACGGCGGGAGUACGGGGGCGUGGAGAAGUUUGUUAGGGAUCGGUGUGGGCUUUCCGAUGAGGAGAUUGAGGGAAUCAGGAGGAACUUGGUUGUUGAGGCUGAUGGGGGCCAACAGCCUGUUCAUUGGGAGGAGCACCGGAAGUUAUUGGCAUAG